AUGAUACCCUCCAACAAGAGAAAUGCUAGAAUUUUAAGCAUUACGAUGCUGCUAUUGUUGUUAGUGUUUUUUGUAGCGCAAAAUGCGAACUUCUUGACGGUAGAGACAAAAGGGGAAACUUCUAAAAUAUUUAGUUCUAAUAUGAACAAUAUUGCUGUAGGAUCUUCUAGGGAAUAUGCUGCUAUGCCGACUUCUACCAUGAAUAAGGGGAGUUCUGAAGUGGAUGAAGAAAUUAAUGAAAUAAAACAGAAGGUGGGACUCCAGCAGCCCAUAGCAUCGGUUGAUGAUAGUUUGUCAGCCAUCAAAAGCGAUAAAGGUUCAGGAAUACCCAAAGCUUUUAUUGUCCAAAAAGAAUACUCUCUCAUACUAGACUUGUCUCCAGUUAUAAUAUUCAGUAAAAGCACGUGCUCAUAUAGUAAGGGCAUGAAGGAACUGCUUGAGAAUGAGUAUCAAUUCAUCCCAAACUACUAUAUCAUAGAGCUCGACAAACAUGGACAUGGGGAAGAGCUGCAAGAAUAUAUCAAGUUGAUGACCGGUAGAGGAACUGUUCCAAACCUUUUGAUUAAUGGAAUAUCAAGAGGAGGCAAUGAAGAAAUCAAAAAACUGCACACUCAAGGAAAACUUCUAGAAUCAUUACAAGUGUGGAGUGAUGGUAAAUUCUCUGUUGAGCAACGUGAAAAGCCUUCCAAUAAUUGA